CAGACCGGCAUAUCUUUUGUGUGUUUAUGUAACACAGCCAACGCAACCAUGUUCUCAGAUCUCAUAUUGUUGUCAGCACUUUUGCACCCGAUUAUGGCAAAACAGAGCUGUUCUCGCAGCAACAUUCGCUUAUGAGGCAAAACUUUCGGCGAGAAGUGAACGGCGACAGAAGCAUGACGUCACACUUGAGUGCUUUCACAUGCAACUUUACACAUACAUCUUCGCCUCAAAAAGUAUUGAACACCCCCCGAUUUUCUGCCUGCGUAACAACCUAUAGUCACCCAAAUUCUAGGAUGGAGAAUCCAGUGAAAGAAAUCUCGGGCGUGAUUCACCUUCUCACGCAAUCACCUCCCUCAAUCCAACGCGAAACAAUCGAAACAUACUUCACACCUAAUGCUUCGUUCACACACCCAUUCUGCCGGACAGGCAGCUGGGGCUCAAAGUCAGGACUCAGCUCGCGCUUCCUAAUACAGACCAUAUACCGGUGGUACAAAAUUAUGAGUCCGAACAUUGACAUCACAGUGCGGUCUGUCGCCUUUGAUGAACCCAACCUUCUUCUCUAUGUACAAAUCUUCCAAAUCUUCCGCGCCUGGAUUGUGCCCUUUUACUACGCGCCCGUCAAUCUAACCACAGUCAUUACAUUGCAACGCAAUGAGGGGGAUGGCAAGUACUAUAUCGCGGAGCAGAACGAUCUGUAUCAGGUUGAUCAGUUUGUGAAGUUUGUUGCGCCGGGGUCUUGGGUGUUGGUGUGGUUAUUGCAGUUCUGGGCAACGUUUUUCUGUGUGCUGGGUACUGUGGCCGGAAUUCCGAUCACUUGGGUCGAGGAGAAUUGGUUGGGUUACGUGGGUGGGAAUAUUAAGAGGAAUGGUAAGAGGCAGAGGGGUGAGAUGAGACGGUUGGAUGUUGUCAAAAAGCAGUUCUAGGAGUGACUGAGCCGGGUAAUAGUAUAUGCAAU